AGCACUCACUAUCUCUCUAUUCACGCACCUUCGUCUCCACCCAUCAAAAACUGAUUAACAAAGAUCUAAUAUCCCUACAAUGGAGGCUGAAGCGUCGACUAAGGAGCGCGUAUCCUCUGCAGAAGCAGUUAUGCUUGGAGCUUUAGCUCCUGGAGUCAACGGUGCGACCUGGAACACGCUAAAGAUGGCGUUUUUUAUGCUGGGCGUCUGCCUCGCUGCUAUGCUGGGAUUAGCUUUUUCAUCCAGAGACUCUUCCUUAAUAUUCCAUGUCGCCUUCCUUGUACUUAUCGCUGCCACUCUUUUCGUGCUUCUUAGCGGCUUUCUAGCGGAGACUGGCCUUGUCUCAGUCGAGCAUCAAAUGCAGGAGAUUGGCUUAGGAAAUAAAGAUGCAGGGAAAAGCAAAAGCAACUGAUUCUUGAUUUAGAUCACUGCAUAAUACAGUUCCGGAUUAGUAAGAUGUUACUAAGAUCAAUGCCAACUUACUUGGAUAAUUACAUCCGAACAGUCUAUAUACACGAGAAGAUGAUUGCCGGGUCUGUGCAGCUUCAGGCAUCCUUAUCCUCCUCCUCCUUCAACUUAUCCCUUUUCGUCUUGAUGAAGCAGAAGCACGGUAAACCUAACAUGAACUUCAUUUCUUCUCAGUUUUUGGAUGACUUGGACUUAUUUUGGAUCACCAUAAUUAUAGAACCUGUUAACUAACCUCAUGUACCACAAUAUACAUUGUGAUUCUUUUCUCUCUUUUUAUGAGUAAAAUAUACAUUGUGAUUCUAUUCGAACAAGAUAAGAAGAUGCUUAAUUAGGUUCUUCUCACUCAAUUUGGACUUAUUA